AUGGCCCAGAUCCCCACGCCACCGCCGUCACGUCCAGGCUCGAAAGCCUCCGACCCUGUGCCAAAGUCCGCGGAGGCUUCGUCGGAGUUGUUGCAGUCGUUGGAUGUCCUGCUGGAACAGUAUUUGCACCUGCUGGAUCGACAGCAGAAGUUGCAGUCAGGACUGGCGAAGCAGUUAUCUUCGGGCUUUCUUUCCCUGGCCCAUGCGAAUUACACCUGUCCUCCCGGUCGGCGAUACGGUGCAGAUUAUUACGAUGAGCGGAUGAAAGCUACUCGCAAGAUAUCUAUUCAUGCUGGAUCUGAGGUGGACGAUGAAGACACAACGGAGGAGCAGGAUGGAGCAGACAGCUGUCACCCGGAAAAAUUCGAAUAUAUAUUCAACCUAGAGAAGGCUGACAACCGUCCCGCCGAAGAGAACACCGACGACAAAGACGCCAAGGACGAACCAUAUACAAAAGCCACAGAGACCGAGGUAUCAACAAACGACAGCGAACCCUACACUCCAGCAUCUCAAGAUCCCACCGGGGAGCCUCCAGUACCUGAAAAGACCAAGAGCGUCCGCAAGAAGUUCCACUCCGACGAUCCUAUCUACUGGUACGGCAUCCUAGUGCCGCCGUCGCUGCGCACCGCCCAAAAGUCCUUUACCGAAGCUAUACAAAGCCAAGUGCCCGACCUGGCGGGCACAAUCGUGGAAAUGCGCGCGUUGGAACAGAAGAUUACUCAAGUUCGGGCCAAGCUUGGGGUCGACACUUCCCAGGAGACCAGGUUUGAGAAGUAG